CGGAAGACGACAGUCGUCCAACAUCCAUCCAGCCGAUUCUGAUUACUCACUUCAGUUUCUUCGCAACCCCCCCUCCAAAGACACCUUACAAAACCCAAAAGGAAAAUGUCCUCCACCAACAACAACCAAACAAAAACCGCCCUCGUCACUGGCGCCACCGGCCUCCUAGGUAGACAAGUCGUCCGCGCCUUUCAAGGCUUGAGCGUGCCUACUGAACUUAGUUCUAAGGCUGGCUGGACGUGGGAAGUCAAGGGAACGGGAUUUUCCAGAGCGGAUGGCGUCAAUGUGCUAAAGGCAGAUUUGGAGAAAGAAGAGGAGGUGGAAAGGGUUUUGGGGGAUGUCAGCCCUCAAGUCCUCGUACAUUGCGCAGCCAACCGCUUCCCUGACAAGGUCGACGCCGAUCCUGAAGGUACCCGUCUCCUCAACGUCGAAGCUACUCGCACUCUCGCCCGGGCUUGUGCUUCCCGUGGUAUCCUCCUGAUCUAUAUCUCUACCGACUACGUCUUCUCUGGAAAGCCAGGCGAGGCACCUUACGAGGCCGAUGCUGCCACAGGCCCCACUAACCUCUACGGCGUUACUAAGCUGGAUGGCGAGAAGGCUGUAAUUGAGGAGUUUUCCAAGGCAGGCAAGGAGGGCUUGGGCGUGGUGAUGAGGGUACCCGUGCUGUAUGGCAAGACGGAGGAGGGCAGGAAUGAAGAGAGUGCGGUCAACGUCCUCUUAGACGCAGUCCUCAAGGCGCAGGAGGGAAAGAAGGUCAAGAUGGACCACUGGGCGCUGAGGUUCCCUGCUAACACAGAGGAUGUGGGUAGGGUUUGUCGGGACGUCGCGGUCAAGUACCUGUCAACCAGCGAAGCCGAGAGGACAUCGCUACCGAGAAUCCUCCAGUUCUCUGGCGAGGAACAGUAUACCAAGUAUGAAAUGUGUCAGCUCUUUGCUGAGAUAUUGGGAGUUCCCGUUGAUAAAAUCGAGGCGAACACGGAGGGCAACGACCCCAACGCAAGCGUUCAGCGUCCGUAUGACUGCCACCUCAGCACCAAGGCGCUUAAGGAUUUGGGUAUUGAUGUCUCAACCCAGGACUUUGCUGCCUGGUGGAGGAGAGAACUGAGAGCUUUCCGCCAUUAAGCGACGAUUGGCGGCUUUG